CCAAGACAGACGACCCUGCCACGCUGCAUCGCUUCAACCGCCCCGGCAUGAUAAGCCCCUAUAAGUCCAUCGAUGCCUUCAAGGUGGCCAAGCCCUCCUGGGUCACCAACCGCCAGUCACCCCACGUGCUGCAUCACUUCAGUGGGCUGAGGAAAGACGCCCGCAAGGAGGAGGCCUGUGCGAGCACGUGCAGCCAGGACCAGGAUGAAGUGGACGCCUAUUGCGCGAGCGAGUUUGCAGUGAAUGGAAUUGUUUAUAACAUGGAAAGCUUGGGGCAAGGAGUCCACUUGAUUACUCUUCUGGUAAACAGUGAUGGAUUAUACAAGAUGAGUCGCCUGUAUAUUACUCCCGAUGGUUUCUUCUUCCGGGUUCACAUUCUAGUUGUGGAUACUUUAAACUGCAGUAAACCAUGCCCAGACUUUAAACUUGGCAGCAGGUACAUCGUGAUGGGCCGUGUCUACCACAAGAGACGGGAGCUGCCGGCGCGGCUGCUGCGCUUGCUGCGAGGACGCCUGCGCCCGGGGGACGGGCUGCUCCGGAGCAGCAGCAGCUACGUGAAAAGGUUCAACAGGAAGAGGAAUCACGACGUGCAGGGGGCUCAUGCUAAAUGUGGAUAAGGCUGCUGUGACCUCCUUUGGGCGCACAAGCACCAGGAGAGCCUGGUUUAGCAACAAGUAGUUCCACUUAAGCCUGGCACUGGUGGUGACGCUUGUUUUCGUGCUUUGGCAGUCACUAACUGGACGUUCCGAGUAGGUGCCUCCCUAUAUAUUGAGAAAUUCAGCACAAAGUAUAGAGAACCUUAACUCAUCAUGAAUCUUCUCUAGCUGUUUUCAGAACUGCAGGCUACUACUGCCUUCUGCGCUCCAAUGUCUUCCUAAUAAUCUGUAACAAAGUGAAAUUCUGGAGACACCGUUCUAGGUACAGAAGAACAAGCUGAAAUCUGAAAGCCUCAAUAUUGGAAAGUGUUAGAUAAUACAGUUUUAUCUGUACAGAGCACCAACUGCAUUUUCACACAACUCUGCUUAAAGCACUCUAUGCAUUUCAUUCCAAAUAAUCAUUCCUGUUGUUUUUGAUUUCUUCAGACACGUCAAUGGUUCUGAUGCAGCUUACACCACUUUUCAGAUGGAGCUCAAUUUUCACAUAAGGUACACAAAAUAGCUAUGCAAUUAUUCAAGCAUAUGAAUUCACUAACCAAAAGCAAAUCAAAUAGCUACAUAACACAAGUGCCCAAUUAGGCUCACAAGUAA